AUGGGACAGCAACUCUUCGCCGUCCUCUCGCUCGCCCUCGUGGCCCUGGCCUCGGCCGAUGUCAGCCACCUGAGCAACACCUACCUGCCGCCCCGCUCUGGCGCCGCCUCUACCAGCUACGAGUCCUACCAGUCGGCUCCCGCCGAGUCCGCCUCCUUUGCCUCAGAGUCCUACUCCGCCCCAGCGGAAGCCGCAUCUUCCACAGACGACAGCGAGUCGUAUGUUGCUCCUGCCGCCACUUACAACAGCGAGUCGUAUGCCGCUCCUGCCGAGUCAUACGCCGAGACCGCCGCUGAGGAGACCUACGCCCAGCCCGCCGCUGUUGCUGCUGCCUCGUACUCCGCCCCCGUGGUGACCAAGACCUACUCUGCCCCAGCUGUGACUUCCUACACGAAGACCUACACUGCCCCAGCCGUGACUUCCUACACUGCUCCCGCUGUGGUGAAGACCUACUCCGCGCCAGCCGUGACUUCCUACACUGCUCCCGCUGUGGUGAGGAGCUAUUCCGCCCCAGCCGUGACUUCUUACACGAAGACCUACUCAGCCCCAGCCGUGACCUCCUACACUGCUCCCGCUGUUGUGAAGACCUACUCCGCGCCAGCCGUGACUUCCUACACUGCUCCCGCUGUGGUGAAGAGCUAUUCCGCCCCAGCCGUGACUUCUUACACGAAGACCUACUCAGCCCCAGCCGUGACCUCCUACACUGCUCCCGCUGUCGUGAAGACCUACUCCGCGCCAGCCGUGACUUCCUACACUGCUCCUGCUGUUGUGAAGACCUACUCAGCCCCAGCCGUCUCCUCCUACACCGCUCCAGCUGUGGUGAAGAGCUAUUCCGCCCCAGCCGUGACUUCUUACACGAAGACCUACUCAGCCCCAGCCGUGACCUCCUACACUGCUCCCGCUGUCGUGAAGACCUACUCCGCGCCAUCCGUGACUUCCUACACUGCUCCCGCUGUUGUAAAGACCUACUCAGCCCCAGCCGUGUCCUCCUACACCGCUCCAGCUGUGUCCACCUACUCGGCACCUGCCGUAUCCACCUACUCGGCGCCUGCCGUAUCCACCUACCGCGCUCCAGCCGUGGUCAGCGGAUACUCUGGCAUCGACACCACCUACGGCACUAACGGUGGAUAUGUCUAUUAG